UUACACCUCACCACCCACCCCACGCACAAAGGCAACGCAAGCAAUAGCAGCCUUUUCUCGCUCAGACUCGCCUCAUCUCCCCUCUCAGUUCCUCGCCCCACCACCUCUCUCAAAAUCCCCCUUUCCGUGUGCCCGUGUCGAUUCCUUCGUGCUCGUCGUCGAUUUGGAGGCGCUUGGAUGAGGCGGCUGCACUGACCUGAGCCGAAUCCACCGCCGCCCAUGGCGCAACCGCAGCGAGUCUAUGAAGCUUGGAAAGGGAAUAAUAGGUUCUUCCUUGGAGGGAGGUUCAUAUUCGGACCCGAUGCCAAGUCCCUGCUUGUCUCGGUUGCGCUAAUUGUGGUACCGGUUUUUGUCUUCUGCGUCUUCGUCGCGCGAUACCUUCUCCAUCGAUUCUCCGUAUACAAUGCGGGAUACGCGAUUCCUGCUGUAGCGAUAGCGUUUAUGAUCUAUGUGCUUCUGUUGCUGUUGAUCACCUCAGCUCAGGAUCCUGGUAUUGUUCCUCGCGCAUCACAUCCACCGGAGGAAGAGUUUUCAUAUGGCAAUCCAUUAGCCGGGGAAACACCGGGCAGGCUGCAAUUCCCCCGUGUAAAGGAAGUAAUGGUUAAUGGGAUGCCUGUGAAAGUAAAGUAUUGCGAUACCUGCAUGAUUUACAGGCCUCCCCGGUGCUCUCACUGUUCGAUAUGCAACAAUUGUGUUGAGCGCUUUGAUCAUCAUUGCCCCUGGGUUGGACAAUGCAUUGGACAGCGCAAUUACCGAUACUUCUUCCUAUUUGUUUCUUCCUCGACUCUUCUUUGCAUUUAUGUCUUUGCCAUGUCGGCAUUACACAUCAAGUUUCUCAUGGACGGGGACUAUCCUACAGUAUGGAAGGCUUUCAAACACUCUCCAGCUUGCUUGGUUCUUAUGAUAUAUUGUUUCAUUGCUCUCUGGUUUGUUGGAGGUCUCACUGGAUUUCAUUCAUAUCUUAUUAGCACUAACCAGACCACAUAUGAGAAUUUUCGAUACAGAUCGGAUAACAGGCCUAAUGUCUAUAAUCAAGGAUGUCUGAAUAAUUUCCUAGAAGUCUUGUGCAGCAAGGGGAAACCUUCUAAACACAGGUUCCGAGCCUAUGUUCAAGAGGAAGUACGGGCUCCAGUAGUUAACUUUGGUAGGCAGAUGGAAGAGGAACCAACUGGUGGCUCUCGAGCAAAAGUAGAAGAUGAUCUUGAGAUUGGCAGUGAUCUCUUGAAGAUCUCUCAGCGGCGCAAUUACGAGGAUGUUGAUGUCGAAAUGGGAAACCAGGACCACAGUGAGAUGGAAAGCAUGGCUAAUGCCAAGCUUGUGAUGGGUUCGGAAUCACAGAUUCCUGCAGUUGUAAGUGAGGUACGAGUACGACACUCAAGCUGGGAUCAGAGAAGUGGAAAUUGGGACAUGUCAUCAGAUGUAAUGGGAAGGAGUGCAUCAGAUGUAAUUGGAAGAAGUGCUUCAGUCUCUGAGGUUGCAUCUCAAAGAGAAACUCACUAGCCAAUUAUGUGUGAAUUCAGAACAUGUGUGGGCUAGUUGGAUUCUGUGGUUGUUUACUGAUGGUGACAAACACACCUGGAGAACAAAGAAGAGCAAUGACAAUGAUACAUUUUGACUUUUGACUGCCAUAUUUGGUAUUUUCGAUCCUUUUUCAUGUAUGGACUUAUUGUAGUCAAAGUAUUGGCGGUAUUGGGGGGGUCAUAUAUUGGUAUUUUGUGCCAUUGUCAUCUGACGGUGUCUAUAUCAUCGUGUACAUUACUAGUGCAGGAUACUCAUCCACCUGUCGUUCCUCUCCGUCUCUUCUUCUGUGAGAAUGUAGGUAGCACUAGUGCGCAUCUCAAUUACCAUUUGUCAUGUCUUCCUCCUUCAGUUCUUCUAAGGGGUAAGGAGAUACCAAAUUAAUUGGCAUUGCUACUGGAUUUGACAUCAUCAUUCUAUAGUAGGUCAAAGCACAUCCACCGACAUGUUGUCAUCAUCUCUUUGUAUGCAAGCAACACAACGCACUGUUUGUUCUAGAAUUAGCUGUUUGAAGGUUGACAGUUCUUUCGUUUUUUUUGUGGAACACCGUUCUGAAGGAUGAGAGCAUCUUCUGUUGGUUUCUGAGUGUCCGACUACUGCAAAGGACUUAACUGGAAGACUAGAGCAUGAAGCCUGAUAAUGACAAACCAGAAGACAUCAGAAUUCCCAGGUCCAUUCUUCAGACCAGAGCACUUGGAUUGGGGACUACUAAGAAAUGCUUUUGGCUUUUGCAAUCAAACUUCAAAGAGUACUUUUACACAUGUGUAACUCAUAUGAUAUUUGGGAAGUCAGUGCUUUUAA